UGAAGUUGAAGAAUAAAACAAAUAAAACGAAACGUUAGAAAUUUUUGAAUCCCCGUCAUCACAGUACAGUUUGCAGUGUUUUAAUCAUUUCAAUAAAUAGUUUUAUUAUUAGCCAGUAUACGUGCAAAAAGUGAUAUAAAUUUGCAAUUACUUAAGGUUUUCCAUAUGCUGUUAUAGGUUUGUUACAUUAGUUACAUAGGUUGAGCUGCUUUCGUUAUCUUGCUUUUGUUGCGAACAGUAACCAUGCUGCGUUCGUUAUUGACUUUGCUGCCUAAAAUCAGUCCAUCAGGCUUGCGGCCGUGCAGUAGUAGUGCACAAAAACUAGUGCUCACCGAAGUAGAUGAUAAAACCGGAUAUGCCACCGUUACACUUAAUCGUCCACCGGUGAACAGUCUGAAUUUGGAGCUGCUGAAGGGUAUCUCUGAAUCUCUGGAUGAUUUGCAAAAUAACAAAUGUCGUGGAAUGAUUUUAACCUCGUCUUCCAAAACGGUAUUCAGCGCUGGGUUAGAUAUUUUGGAAAUGUAUAAACCGAACCCUGAUAGAUUAAAGGAGUUCUGGUCGACUCUGCAAGAUGUGUGGUUUAAACUAUAUGGAUCACCGUUCCCGACUGCUGCUGCUAUUAAUGGUCAUGCACCUGCUGGCGGCUGUUUGCUGUCACUUUGUUGCGAGUAUCGGAUUAUGUGCCCCAACUAUACGAUCGGUUUGAAUGAAACACAGCUGGGUAUUGUUGCUCCUACUUGGUUCCAGGCUUCGCUCCGUAACACUAUCUCCCGGCGUGAUGCAGAACUUGCAUUAACUUUGGGAACAUUAUUUACGUCUGAGCAGGCAUUGAAGAUUGGCCUAGUAGAUGAAUUAGCAAAUAACAAAGAAGAUGCGCUGGCAAAAGCAACUGCAUUCUUGGAAAAGUUUAAAAAAAUAUCGCCUCAAGCAAGAUCAAUGACCAAACAAGCACUACGAAGCAAGGAAAUCAUGGAACUAGAAGAUAACAGAUCACAAGAUAUUGAUUUAUUUGUAUACGCUGUAACACAGCCGAAAGUACAACAAAGCCUUGAACUUUAUUUGGAAGCUUUAAAAAAGAAAGCAGCUAAAUAGUAAGAGUAAUCAGCAUUUUUUGUGGAGAUGAAAGUUAUCCUCGAUGGCGUUUAUAUAUUUUUUGUGUGACUUUAUAGAAUUUAUUUUUUUAUAUAU